GGGGCGGCGGAGGCUGCAGCUACCUCUGCGCGCUCGCUCUGCUCUAGGACGUGUCGCGCUGCCCCGGUCGGGGGCGGCUCCCUGCUCCCUCGAGCCGAGCUGCCCGCUGCUGGGCCUUCGGCGACUGCAGGCAGACCACACUGUCCUUCAGAAACCAUGGGUGUCGCUAGACCCAGCUGGGACUCUGCCAAGCUCUGGUGCUCAGUCUAAGACAAGGGCUGCCCUCCAGUCCUGCCUCACCCUGCCUGUCAUGGCCACACUCCGAUGCCACCACCCACUUUUCUGGGGACACAGGGCAUCCAGCCCCAGCCCUAGUCCUGAGAGGUUAAGCCAGGCUGUCUGGCUCCAUUCCACAGGGACACUACAGGCCCCAGGUUUCUUUCAGAGCAAGAGCGAUUGAUGCCAUGGGAGAAGGCCCUGACUACCCGUCCAUUUGCCUGACGCUGCCUGCUCUGAAACCCAUGCACUGGGUCCUCCUGCGGGUGCCCAGCCUGUGAGCCCCUCCCCCACCCUCUGACACUGAGAAGGCCUUGCCAACUCCCACCAUGUGUGAGGUGAUGCCCACAAUCAACGAGGGGGACCCUAUGGGCCCACCUCAUGGCGCCGAUGCUGACGCCAACUUUGAGCAGCUAAUGGUGAACAUGCUGGAUGAGCGGGAGAAGCUGCUUGAGUCCCUUCGAGAGGGCCAGGAAACUUUGGUAGCCACGCAGAGCCGCCUCCAAGAUGCCCUCCAUGAACGGGACCAGCUCCAGCGGCACCUGAACUCUGCCCUCCCCCAGGAAUUUGCCACCUUAACCCGGGAGCUGAGCAUGUGUCGGGAGCAGCUACUGGAGCGGGAAGAAGAGAUAUCCGAGCUGAAAGCAGAGCGGAAUAACACACGGCUGCUUCUGGAACAUCUGGAGUGCCUGGUAUCCCGCCAUGAGCGGUCAUUGCGGAUGACAGUGGUAAAGCGCCAGGCCCAGUCCCCGUCAGGAGUCUCCAGUGAGGUGGAGGUACUGAAGGCCCUCAAGUCGCUGUUUGAGCACCACAAGGCCCUGGAUGAAAAGGUACGAGAGAGGCUCCGGGCAGCACUAGAGCGAGUCACUACCUUGGAGGAGCAGCUGGCAGGAGCCCACCAGCAGGUGUCUGCCCUGCAGCAGGGGACAGGGGUUCGAGAUGGAGUCGGAGAAGAGGAGGGGUCUGUAGAACUGGGACCGAAACGCCCGUGGAAGGAUGACACGGGCCGGGUGGAGGAGCUGCAGGGGCUCCUGGAGAAGCAAAACUUUGAGUUGAGCCAGGCCCGGGAGCGACUGGUCACCCUGACUGCAACCGUGGCUGAACUUGAGGAGGACCUGGGCACGGCCCGCAGGGACCUCAUCAAGUCCGAGGAGCUCAGCAGCAAGCAUCAACGGGACCUCCGGGAGGCCCUGGCACAGAAGGAAGAUAUGGAAGAACGGAUCACCACCCUGGAAAAGCGCUACCUGGCUGCCCAGCGUGAGGCCACAUCCAUCCAUGACCUCAACGACAAGCUGGAGAAUGAGCUGGCCAACAAGGAGUCCCUGCACCGCCAGUGUGAGGAGAAGGCCCGACACCUGCAGGAGCUGCUGGAGGUGGCAGAGCAGAAGCUGCAGCAGACCAUGCGCAAGGCAGAGACGCUGCCAGAGGUGGAGGCGGAGCUGGCCCAGAGAAUUGCAGCUCUCACCAAGGCUGAGGAGCGGCACGGCAACAUUGAGGAGCACCUGCGGCAGCUGGAAGGGCAGCUGGAUGAGAAGAACCAGGAGCUGGCAAGGGUUCGCCAGCGGGAGAAGAUGAAUGAGGACCAUAACAAGCGGCUGUCAGACACCGUGGACCGGCUGCUUAGCGAGUCCAAUGAACGCCUGCAGCUCCACCUCAAGGAACGCAUGGCGGCUCUGGAGGAGAAGGGCCGCCUGUCUGAAGAGAUUGAAAAGCUACGCCAAGAGGUGGACCAGUUGAAGGGCCGAGGGGGGCCGUUUGUGGAUGGCAUCCACUCCAGGUCACACAUGGGCAACACAGCUGAUGCUCGAUUUUCUCUGGGUACAACUGCACAUGCGCCCCCAGGCUUGCACCGUCGCUACUCAGCGCUGAGAGAAGAUUCGGCCAAGGACUGGGAGCCCUCAGGGGUACUGGCAUCCACGGCUACCCCUGCCUUUGACAGUGACCCUGAGAUCUCAGAUGUGGAUGAGGAUGAGCCGGGAGGCUUGGUGAGCACUGUUGAUGUGGUCUCCCCGGGUGGCCACUCUGAUGCCCAGACCCUGGCCAUGAUGCUGCAGGAGCAGCUGGACGCCAUCAACCAGGAGAUCAGGAUGAUCCAGGAGGAGAAGGAGUCCACUGAGCUGCGGGCUGAAGAGAUCGAGACGCGUGUGACCAGCGGCAGCAUGGAGGCCCUCAAUCUGACGCAGCUGCGUAAGCGUGGCUCCAUCCCCACCUCCCUGACCGCCCUGUCCCUGGCCAGCGCAUCUCCUCCGCUCAGUGGCCGCUCCACACCCAAGCUUACCUCCCGCAGCGCUGCCCAGGACCUGGACCGAAUGGGGGUCAUGACCCUGCCCAGUGACUUGAGAAAGCACAGGAGGAAGCUGAUGUCGCCAGUGUCUCGGGAAGAGAACCGAGAGGAUAAAGCCACCAUAAAAUGUGAGACUUCUCCUCCUUCCUCACCCAGGACGCUGCGGUUAGAGAAGCUUGGCCAGCCAGCCCUGAGCCAGGAAGAAGGCAGGAGUGCCCUGGAGGGUCAGGACAGCAACCCCAGCAGCAGCAACAGCAGCCAGGACUCCCUGCACAAGGGCGCCAAGCGCAAGGGCAUCAAGUCGUCCAUUGGCCGCCUGUUUGGGAAGAAGGAGAAGGGCAGGCUGAUCCAGCUGAGUCGGGAUGCCACGGGUCAUGUUCUGCUAACAGACCCGGACCUCAGUCUUCAGGAACCCAUGGUACCUGCCAAAUUGGGGACCCAGGCAGAGAAGGACCGGCGACUGAGGAAGAAACACCAGCUGCUUGAAGAUGCCCGAAGAAAAGGAAUGCCCUUUGCCCAGUGGGACGGCCCUACCGUGGUCUCCUGGCUGGAGCUUUGGGUGGGGAUGCCUGCUUGGUAUGUGGCAGCCUGCCGGGCCAAUGUCAAGAGUGGUGCCAUCAUGUCUGCCCUGUCGGACACAGAGAUCCAACGGGAGAUUGGCAUCAGCAAUGCCCUGCAUCGGCUCAAGCUCCGGCUGGCCAUUCAGGAGAUGGUGUCACUGACCAGCCCCUCGGCCCCACCCACCUCCAGGACUUCUUCUGGGAAUGUCUGGGUCACCCAUGAAGAGAUGGAAACUUUGGCCACAUCCACCAAAACAGACAGUGAGGAGGGCAGCUGGGCUCAGACCCUCGCCUAUGGAGACAUGAACCAUGAGUGGAUUGGGAACGCGUGGCUGCCCAGCCUGGGGCUCCCUCAGUACCGCAGCCAUUUCAUGGAGUGCCUGGUGGACGCACGCAUGCUCGAUCACCUCACCAAGAAGGACCUGCGCGUCCACCUGAAGAUGGUCGACAGCUUCCAUCGAACCAGUCUUCAGUAUGGCAUCAUGUGUCUGAAGAGGCUGAAUUAUGACCGGAAGGAGUUGGAGAAGAGGCGAGAGGAGAGCCAGCAUGAGAUCAAGGAUGUGCUGGUCUGGACCAAUGAUCAGGUGGUUCACUGGGUGCAGUCUAUCGGGCUUCGGGACUAUGCAGGAAACCUACAUGAGAGUGGUGUGCACGGUGCUCUGUUGGCCCUGGAUGAGAACUUUGACCACAACACAUUGGCCUUGGUCUUGCAAAUCCCCACACAGAACACUCAGGCUCGCCAGGUGAUGGAAAGAGAGUUCAAUAACCUGUUGGCCUUGGGUACAGACCGGAAGCUGGAUGAGGGAGAAGACAAGGUGUUCCGCAGGGCGCCCUCCUGGAGGAAGCGCUUCCGGCCUCGGGACCACCACAGCGGUGGCAUGCUGGGCACCUCAGCCGAGACCCUGCCCGCAGGCUUCCGCGUGUCUACGCUGGGACCACUGCAGCCGCCACCGGCUCCGCCCAAGAAGAUAAUGCCCGAAGCUCACUCCCACUAUCUCUACGGACACAUGCUCUCCGCCUUCCGGGACUAGUCACGGCCCACAGGGCUGGUGCCCUUCUGGGUUCGCAGGCUCCGCUGGCCCUGACCCCUCCUGCUCGGUUCCCCUUCCUCCCUCGGCUCCCGGUCUCGUCAGUCCGUGACUUUUCCAGUUGCCCUGGAUCUCAGAAUAUACGCAUCCACUCCCCUCA